GUCAGAGAGGAAGAUCACGUGGCCUCCUGGAGGCUCCGUCUGGAAAAUCUUAUGGAAUAACACAGCUUCGUUUAUUACAUUAAUAGUAAUAAUACCUAUUUUUAUUUACAGCGGACGCCUUGUUUGACCUUUAUGCGUAUCAAGGCUUCUCGGAGGAAGGCUGGCUCUCCUGUCUGCUCCAUAUAAACUCAUCCCGACACUAUGGAGCAGAACUGUUGGAUGUUUACGGACUGUGUCUCCCACCAGGAAGCUGCUAGACAUUUAUUUUACUCUUUCAGCAGCUAACGUUUACUUUUAACCUCUGGCUUUACUUACUACACUUACAAGGAGCGCUUUCACCAGUUACCCCGACACAACGAAACGUUAGAUACAGAAUUUGGUUAACAAACAGCCGUUAAAGACGUUAGGGAGCUGCCUGCCGGUUAUCUUGGUCUGUUAUCCAACUGUAGUUCGUGAGGUUCAACGCUGGUUCAACUUAAAGUCGAAGAAAUGGCUGGAAACAAGGUUUGAGUGUUUUUAUUUUGAGUUUUACAAAGUUUUCCACUACAAUGAAGUCUUCCCUGGCUCCCGGCAUAAGGCUUAUUACGACCUUUUCUCGAGAUGCUUGGUACCGAAGCUUCAUUCUCUUCCUCACCUUCCUCUUCUACACAGCCUACCAUCUGUCACGGAAACCUAUCAGCAUUGUUAAGAGUCAGCUACACAGAAACUGCUCCAACGUCAUUCACCCAGCAGACCUCAAUAUAACUAACAAUGAAACCUGGUGUGACUGGCAGCCCUUUGACCAGGACAACUAUCAGACCCUGUUUGGGGUCCUGGAUAAUUCGUUCCUGGUCGCCUACGCCAUCGGCAUGUUUAUCAGUGGGAUCUUUGGUGAACGCCUGCCUCUGCGGUACUACCUGAGUGCUGGUAUGCUGUUGAGUGGAUUGUUUACUUGUCUGUUUGGCCUCGGCUUCUACUUGAACAUCCAUUCAUUAGGAUACUACGCCUUCAUCCAGGUUAUGAACGGGCUCAUGCAGACGACCGGCUGGCCAGCAGUGGUGGCUUGUGUCGGCAACUGGUUUGGAAAGGGGAAGCGUGGGUUCAUCAUGGGUGUGUGGAACUCCCACACCUCAGUGGGAAACAUCUUGGGUUCUCUCAUCGCCGGAGCCUUCGUCUCCUCGGCGUGGGGAAUGUCCUUCAUCGUCCCUGGACUCAUCAUCGCCUCCACAGGGAUCCUGUGCUUCUUCUUCCUGGUUGAGAAACCUGAAGACGUAAACUGCACCCCUCCUCAGCACCAUUCUGAACAGGAAAACGGUGAGACGGAACCUCUCCUUAACACUGCCUCACAUGUCGACAGAACAAGUAAUGGUAACGGAGCCAUCACCACUGAGAUUCCCCAGAUUGUGGAGGACCACAGUGAGGCCAUCAGCUUCUGUGGAGCUCUCAGUAUACCUGGAGUGGUGGAGUUCUCUCUCUGUCUGCUUUUUGCUAAAUUGGUCAGCUACACCUUCUUGUACUGGCUUCCUCUCUACAUCUCAAAUGUUGCACAUUUUGAGGCAAAAGAAGCAGGAGACAUGUCAACACUGUUUGAUGCUGGAGGUAUUGUGGGAGGCAUAAUGGCGGGUCUUGUGUCUGACUAUGCUGGUGGGAGAGCAACAACCUGCUGUGUCAUGUUGCUUGUUGCUGCCCCCAUGCUUUUCCUCUAUAAUCACAUUGGACAAAGGAGCAUCGGUACUACAAUUGGUAUGCUGCUGUUGUGUGGAGGCCUUGUGAAUGGACCAUACGCCCUUAUCACUACUGCUGUAUCUGCUGACCUGGGAACACAUGAGAGUCUGAGAGGAAACUCCAGGGCACUGGCAACAGUGACGGCAAUUAUCGACGGGACCGGUUCAAUCGGUGCUGCUUUAGGUCCUCUAUUAGCUGGUGUGAUCUCUCCCACUGGCUGGAACAACGUCUUCUACAUGCUCAUCUCUGCUGACCUCUUGGCCUGCCUGUUUUUGUCCAGGCUUGUUUACAAAGAAGCUCAGGGUUGGUGUGGACGGGCUCCCCGAGCAAGAGGGUGAGUCUCAUCAAUGACAGGGGCCUCCCUUCAUGGGUUCAAAGAAAUCUGAAACUCCCACACAAUCAAACAGGAAACCAAUGCAUUUAUGAGGGGAACAACGCCCAAAUAACCUCACUGUACAGUUAAUAAUGUCUUUUUAUUCAAUCUGGACGGAAACAAAGCCAUCAGUGGAAGAUUUAAGGCACUAAGCUGGUGAUUGAAGCCUUCUUCUUAUUGUAAAACAGAGAAUUAUGCCUUUAUAGAAACAAAGCUUUUUUAUGAUUAUGAAUACUCAUUCUAACUUGUUUGUUUUAUUAUUCUUUUAACAUUAAAGUGUACAUACUGUAAAUUUCUUUAA